UUACGAUUUAAUUUGUAUUUCUUGUUUUUUUUAUGAAAGAAUUUUAAAGAUCUUCUUUUAAAGUUAAAAAAUAAAAAUAAUUCUACUCAUAAAUGUUUGUAGAAAAUGAAUAUUUCCUACAGUGUGUGGACAAAAGAAGAAAGAAAAAUUUAUUUUACCGUUUUUUGAAAAUAAAAUUGAUUUCACAAAAUAUUUAAAAUAAAUGAAACAAAAUAAAUUUGAAAGAUGGCUGCCAAAAGUAUAGCCAGAAGAUUUUCAACAUGUUUGAACAAGUUGUGCGACACGGUACCGAGAUCAUGUCCACCAAAUGAGAGAGAAUUAUUACUCGUAAAUGAUUUCGUCAGUGAAUCAAAAAAGUUGCUCGUCAUCACCGGAGCUGGUGUCUCGACUGAAAGUGGAAUUCCCGAUUACAGGUCACCAGACAUCGGCUUGUACUCCAGACGCACGCGACCCAUCCUCAACUACAACGAUUUCAUGUGCAGUGACGUUCUGAGGAAGCGUUACUGGCUGAGGAACUUUGUGUCCUGGCCCAAAUUAUCUGCCACUCAGCCAAAUGCCACUCACAAAUCUUUUGCUCACUGGGAGAGGAAGGGUUUAGUUCACUUUCUGGUCACACAGAACAUUGAUAGAUUACAUAUGAGAGCUGGUAGCAAGAAAGUCGUGGAGCUCCAUGGAAACAUUCAUCAGGUGAUAUGCACUCAGUGCGGGGAGGUAACCACCCGAUACAAGGUUCAGGAAAUGAUGCAACAACUCAAUUCUGAUUGGUUGAAAGAAAUUAAACCAGCCAAUCAUAUCGCUUUGGAUGGAGAUGUACUAGUCAGUGAUUCUAUUGUCAAUCAGUUUAUACCACCAAAAUGUGACACAUGUGGAGGCGCCAUGAAGUGUGACGUCAUCUUCUUCGGUGAGGCCGUCCCGCAGUGGAUCGUCACGUCCGUGCAGAACCUGGUGAAGGAAUGCGAUUCGAUGCUCGUCGCUGGCUCCUCUCUGCAUGUCUACUCUGCAUUCCACUUUGUGCAGCUGGCCAGGCAUCAGGACAAGAAGAUUGCAAUCAUCAACAUUGGUGUCACCAGAGCUGACAAGAUGGCCGACAUCAAGAUUGAUGCCAAGUGUGGUGACGUCAUUCCUCAUUUAGUGCUGUGAUGAUGCUUGUGUUUUAAAUGCUUCGUGGGGAGUGUUUUUUUUAUAUUUAAUUCAUUUAAAAUAAUGAAUCUUAUACUGUGUUGCUGUUGUUGUUAUGUUGAGUUAAUACCCUACUCUUUUGAGUGUAAUAGUGCUAGUGAAAUAGGCAAUUUUUUUUAUUGACUCAUUUUAUAACCUCUUUAAUUUAAAACUUCUCAAGUGAUGUUUGAGUAUUUAUGUGAGAACCAUUCCGAAGUAAUCAUCAUUACCUAAUGUGUUACAGUUUACAUCUCGAAGAGCAAUGUGUUGUGUUGUGUUUGUUAUUGACAUUUUUAUUAAGUUACCCAUUUUUAGAAAUUUCGUUUUUGUGUGUGUGUGUGUGAGUGAGUGUGUGUGUGUGCGUGUGUGUGGUGUUUUCUAAUAAAACUGAGCUUGUUUUUAUUUAUUAAUGGCGUAUUUAAGUUGUUUUUUAAAAGACAAUAAUUAAAACUCAAAUUUGCCAUGAUUGAAACGUUUUUGAAUUUAGAAAAAUUAUUAAAUAUCAGGGAAAAAUUUCUUUUUUUCAAACCUUUAUUGAACAAAAUUCACAUUCAUCUCAUUUAUAUGUAGGAAGUUCUCUAGUCUAAAUGCAUUUACAAAUAUAUUUCACUUCCAUGUCAUGUUUGCCUCAGGAUGUUUGUUAUUCACCAGGACCAUCUUUUCAAUGUUUAAAAAUGUUCUCGUGAAAGCAGUUAUUUGCUUUAAAGGUGUUUGACUCGUACAAGACAUUUGGUAAUAAUUUCAUUUAUAAAUAAGUGAGAUUGAUAAUAAUUUUUUAAAUUGAUUAGUUAUUUAAGAAUAAUUAUUUUCAUGCAGUUUCUAUCUUUAUCAAGUAAUGUUUAAUGUCUGUUCGUUUAUUUUAUAAUAUUCAUUUGUUUGUGUCGAACAUUCUUAGUCAUUUUAUCGUUAUGAAAUGUUGCGUGUAUAGUUAAUUUAUACAAGGUUUAUUCAUAGGAAAGUAAUGCUUUUUAAUGUAUAUGUAUUGGCUACUUGAACUUAGUUCAAAAUAUUUAAAAGUUUAUAUAAUUAUUUUAUAUUUCCAGGUAUCAUUUACUUUAAUAUUUCUACUCAUUGAACUUUUCCAUUUUAUUUUAAGAUUUAUUUUUUUAUCAACUUAUAUUUUGGAAAUGCACUUUUAAAAAGUUAAUAAUUUAAAACUCAGCUACCAUAAUUUUCUAGGAAACAUGUAUUUAUAUUAAAAUAAAGAGCUAGAAGUGCAAGUAGUUAGAACUAUGCCAAUUUGGAACUUCUGUCCAUUUAAUUAAUAAUUUAAUUAAUUUUCAGCUUCAUUAUCGUCUUAGUCCACCAAAUAUGUUUCAUUAAUUCUAUUCAAUACCUCAAUUUCCUAAAUUUUCCAAAUAAAUAAUUUUCAUUAAGAA